UGAGCGGCCUCUGCCGGCUCUGACGGCCCGGUUCCCGGCUGCGUGUUUCCCCGGGGAUGGUCCCGGGAAUCUCCGCCGUCUGAAGCGGACUCUGGAGGUCAGACGGGGGUUGUCCAACAUGGCGGCGGCGUCGUACGACCAGCUGUUGAGGCAAGUGGAGGUUUUAAAGAUGGAGAACUCCAACCUGAGACAGGAGCUGCAGGACAACUCCAACCACCUGACCAAACUGGAGACCGAGGCCUCCAACAUGAAGGAAGUGCUGAAGCAGCUGCAGGGCACCAUAGAAGAAGAGUCUGGAGAGGCGUCUGGUUCUCAGCUGGAGCUCAUCGAGAAACUGAAAGAGAUGAGCCUGGACUCUGCAGGUUUUAAGCCCAGGUCCAGGCCUCCCCAGCCCCCCUCGUCCUCUUCCAGCUCGGCCUCUUCUGGUUCAGGAGCUCCUGGAGGAGCAGCAGGAGGAUCCGGAGCUCCAGGCCCGACCGCCACCGGCAUCCCCAGGAGAGGGCUGCCGACUGCGGGCAGAGACAGCCACGACCGCUGCCUGGAGGAGCUGGAGAAAGAGAGGUCUCUCCUAUUGGCCGAGCUGGAGAAGGAGGAGAAGGAGAAGGACUGGUACUACGCUCAGCUGCAGAACCUCACAAAGAGGAUCGACAGUCUGCCGCUCACGGAGAACUUCACUCUGCAGACCGACAUGAGCCGCCGCCAGCUGGAGUUCGAAGCUCGCCAGAUCCGCUCGGCGAUGGAGGAGCAGCUGGGCUCCUGUCAGGAGAUGGAGAGGAGGGCUCAGGCUCGAGUGUCUCGCAUUCAGCAGAUCGAGAAAGACAUCCUGAGACUGGGAGCUCGUUUACAGGUGGAGGAAGGUCAGGGGGCGAGCGAUGGCAGCGGAUUACCUGGAGCUCAGAGCUCCAGCAGCCGUUUGGACCACGAGCCGGCCAAUGAGGCGAGCUACUCUGUGCCUCGACGAAUCACCAGCCACCUGGGAACCAAGGUAGAGAUGGUGUACAGUCUUCUGUCCAUGUUGGGGACUCAUGAUAAAGACGACAUGUCACGGACGCUGCUCGCCAUGUCGAGCUCGCAGGACUCUUGCAUCGCUAUGCGACAGUCUGGCUGUCUGCCGCUGCUCAUCCAGCUGCUGCACGGCAACGACAAGGAUUCCCUGUUGCUAGGUAACUCUCGGGGCAGCAAAGAAGCUCGUGCCCGAGCGUCAGCGGCGCUGCACAACAUCGUCCACAGUCAGCCGGACGAUAAGAGAGGCCGGCGUGAGAUCCGAGUGCUCCACCUGUUGGAACAGGUGCGUCAUUACUGCGAGGCGUGUUGGAGCUGGCAGGAGAACCACGAGAGGGGCGUCGACCAGGAGGACAACCCCAUGCCGUCUCCAGUGGAGCAUCAGAUCUGUCCGGCCGUCUGCGUCCUCAUGAAACUUUCCUUCGAUGAAGAACAUCGACACGCGAUGAACGAACUCGGCGGUCUGCAGGCGGUGGCGGAGCUGCUGCAGGUGGACUGCGAGAUGUUUGGUCUGAGCAGCGACCACUACAGCGUCACUCUGCGGAGAUACGCCGGGAUGGCGCUCACCAACCUCACUUUUGGAGACGUUGCCAAUAAGGCCACGCUGUGCUCGAUGAAGGGCUGUAUGAGAGCGAUGGUCGCACAGCUCAAAUCUGACAGUGAAGACCUGCAGCAGGUGAUAGCGAGCGUGUUGAGGAACUUGUCGUGGCGUGCGGAUGUCAACAGUAAGAAGACGCUGCGUGAAGUCGGCAGUGUGCGUGCGCUGACGGGCUGUGCUCUCGAGGUCCAGAAGGAGUCGACCCUGAAGUCCGUACUAAGCGCGCUCUGGAACCUGUCAGCUCACUGUACCGAGAAUAAGGCGGAUAUUUGCGCCGUAGACGGGGCUCUGGCCUUUCUGGUGGGAACACUAACACACCGCAGCCACACCAACACACUCGCCAUCAUUGAGAGUGGUGGCGGCAUCCUGCGCAACGUGUCCAGCCUCAUUGCCACCAAUGAGGCGCACAGGCAGGUCCUGCGUGAACAUGGCUGCCUGCCGACGCUGCUGCAGCACCUGAAGUCCCAUAGUUUGACCAUUGUGUCCAACGCCUGCGGGACACUCUGGAACCUGUCAGCCAGAGACGCUAAAGACCAGGAGGCAUUAUGGGAGCUGGGCGCUGUGGGCAUGCUGCGCAACCUCAUUCAUUCACGGCACAAGAUGAUCGCCAUGGGCAGCGCUGCCGCCCUGCGUAACCUAAUGGCUAACCGGCCGGCGCGCUACAAGGACGCCAGCGUGGUGUCCCCGGGCGCUGGCGCCCCGUCAUUGCACGCCCGCAAACAAAAGGCGUUGUUCGAGGAGCUGGACGCCCAACAGCUGUCAGAGACCUUCGACAACAUUGACAACCUGAGCCCCAAGGCGGCGCACAGGAAGGGGCGGGGAUGUAAUGGUGCUGGAGGCGGAGGAGGGAGCACAACACGUUCGUACGCCAACACGCCAGUGCUCUCGAGCCCAAAGAACGGAGAUGGAUCAAAGAGGACAAGCGAGGAAGCGGCAUACGCUCGCCCGGUGUUCCCGCCCAGUGUGCGAGCGUCUAGCGACAGUCUCAACAGUGUGACCAGCGCUGACGGCUACGGCAACCGUGGCAAGACCAAACCGUCAUCAGAGCCCUUCUACUCUUCAGACGAAAGCGGCGCCAACAAGUGCUGUGUCUACAGGAAGUACCCAGCUGACCUGGCACACAAGAUCCGCAGCGCCAACCACAUGGCGGACGAUGAUGGCGCGGAGCUGGACACGCCCAUCAACUACAGCCUGAAGUACUCCGACGAGCAGCUGAACUCUGGGAGACAGAGUCCGAGUCACCGCGGCAGCAUCGAGAGCGACGAGGAUGACGAGCUGGACACCAGGCUGGGGAGGAGGAAUGACGGCGGCGACUCAGCGCCGACCAGCAGCCGCAUGGCGUCUGUUCCGCAGCAACGCUACGGCGUGACCACGGGGGCAUCAAACUACGGUGGCGAGUCGACAGGUGAGCAGCCAAUUGACUACAGCCUAAAAUACGGCGCGGAUGCCACCCGCAAACCGCUGUUCAAGCCAGAAGAGACCGCCACACCCUCUGUCCCUCCUCCUCCGUCCUCCUCUACAAACAAGCUCCGGCCCCCCGCAUCCUCAGCCAAUCGAACGGUGCCAAAAAGCAACCAGGAGUCAACGCAGACGUACUGCGUGGAGGACACGCCCAUUUGCUUCUCCAGAGGCAGCUCGCUCUCCUCGCUGUCAUCAGAGGAGGAAGAGGAAGAUGGUGAUGUCAUCGGGAGGAAGAGGAGGGGCGGGAGCAGCGGCGGCGGCGGCGGCGGCAGUAAUGACUAUCCAACACUUCCUGUUAGCGAGAAAGAUGCACAUGAGCAGCAGCAGCGACAGCAGAAGGAGGCGGAGAGCCAGACCGCCACAGCUGUGGCCGCCCCAUCCUCAAGGGGAAGACGAGGUCACCAUCACCAUCAUGGCCACGCCCACCACCAUCACCACCACCAUGUCACAUCAUCGGGCGCCAGGACUCCGAAGAGUCCUCCGGAGCAGCCGUACGCUCAGGAGACCCCGCUGAUGUUCAGCCGCUGCACGUCCGUCAGCUCCCUCGACAGCUUCUCCACCUCCUCAAUCGCUAGCUCCGUGCGCUCCAGCGAACCGUGCAGUGGCGUGCCGAGCGGCGUGGUCAGCCCCAGCGACCUGCCUGACAGCCCAGGACAGACCAUGCCACCGAGCCGCGCCAAAACACCGCCGCUGCCACCGCCAGCACAGAACGCAAAGGAGGAGAAGACAAAGAAGAAGGAUGAGGAGGAGAGCAGCGCCGAUGUCCUGCUGCACUUUGCCACUGAGAGCACGCCGCACGGCUUCUCACGAGCCUCAAGUCUGAGCGCGCUCAGUCUGGACGAGCCGUACAUCACUGCAGAGUUGAAGGAGGAGGAGGAGGGAGCAAAGGAGGACAGGAAGGAGGAUCCGGCAGCAGUGAAACCCAUUCUCGACGAAUCGGACGAUGAUGACGACAUUGAGAUCCUGGAGGCGUGCAUCAACAUGGCGAUGCCCAAGUCAUCACGGAAACCAAAGAAACAGCAACAAGCAGCACCACGGAAACCCAGCCAGCUUCCUGUUUACAAGCUCCUCCCACCUCAAAGCCGCACUCAUUCACAGCAGAGGAAGGACGUACCGCUGCCGCCACCAGAGGAGGUGCCCAGAGUUUACUGUGUUGAGGGAACACCACUUAACUUUUCCACCGCCACCUCGCUCAGUGACCUCACCAUUGACUCCCCGCCUAAUGAGGAGGCAGCAGCAGCUGCACCAGUAGCCCUGCCCACUACCAGCCAGAGGAGAGGGGCCGGACUUCCUGAGGGUGAGAACGGUGACGACAUCCUUGCUGAAUGCAUCAGCGCCGCCAUGCCUAAAGCCAAACCCAGAAAACCAAUCAGAGCAGCUGCCAACAGCGAGCACCUCCAAGCCCCACCUCUUCCUCCUCCAGUCCCGCCCCCUCUCAGCCUGCAGCAGCAGAAGAAGAAGCCGACAUCACCCGUGAAGCCGAUGCCUCAGCGGGUGGCGUACGGCGUCGCCACGGCAACAGUUGCCAAAGCAAAACCAGGGUUUGCCUUUGAUUCGCCGCAUCACUACACGCCUAUCGAGGGCACGCCAUGCUGCUUCUCACGCAACGACUCGCUCAGCUCGCUCGACUUCGACGAAGACGACGGUGGCGAGAAGGACGAAGAGAAGAAAACUAAAGAAGAUGGCAGAAAGAGGAAGCAGCAGACGGCGGCGGUUUUCCCUCGAACCAAACCUGUGACCAACGCCACAGCGUCAGACGAGAAGCAGAAGUUCGCCAUUGAGGACACGCCUGUAUGCUUCUCCAGGAACUCCUCACUCAGCUCGCUGAGCGACAUCGACCAGGAGAACAACAACAAGGAGUUCGCUCCACCGCCGCCACCGCCGCCGCCCCCUUCCGAGCAGCAAGAUGGAGGCAAGGCAGGAAUGAAGUCUCCUCCUCCCCCACAGGAAGAGCUGAAGCCACGUCCCCCUGCGACCAGCGGCUAUGCCCCCAAAGCAUUUCACGUGGAGGACACGCCCGUCUGCUUCUCCAGGAACUCGUCGCUGAGCUCACUGAGCAUCGACUCAGAGGACGACCUGCUGCAGGAGUGCAUCAGCUCUGCCAUGCCCAAGAAGAAGAAGAAGGCUGCCACCGCCACGCAACUUCCUGUCCCGAAGUCUGAAGAUGACAUUUUGGCUGAGGAGGAGCCUUCAGAGGUCCCAAGAAGCCCCGCCUCCCCUGACUCAGAGUCGUUUGAUUGGAAAGCCAUUCAGGAAGGCGCCAAUUCCAUCGUCAGCAGUCUAAAUGCCGCGGCUGCAGCCGCCUCAUCACUGUCCCGCCAACCAUCAUCAGACUCGGACUCUGUGCUGUCCCUGAAGUCCGUGGGCUCGCCGUUCCGCCUGCCAGCAGCCAAUAACAACGCAGAAGAGGAGGUGGAGGAGAAGGAGGAGGAGGCAGCGGUUAAGCGAGGGGCAAGGAUCCUGAAGGGUGGCGAGCGCAGCACACUGGAGGCCAGGAAGGAGGAGGAGGAGGCGGCGAAGGCCUUGAGAGGUGGGAAGAAGGUCUACAGGAGUCUGAUUACGGGCAAGCCAAGGGCAGAGCCAGCUGCCAGGGGGCGGAGCAAACCCAGAGCAGCUGCUGUGGCAAAAGCGCCAGGGAGCGGCGACAGUGCCGACAGAGGAGGCGGGUCCUCUCGGGACUCCACGCCGUCUCGCUCUUCCACAGCAGCCAAUCAGAAAGGAGGGAGGCUGCUACAGGCGCCGCGUACGGCGUCUCCAGGAAGUGCGUCAUCAUCAUCCUCGUCGGCUUCCAGGCCGGCCAAACAGAGCGGGACAGUGAGGAGCGGCGGCGGCAUCCCGAGGAGCGAGUCGGCGUCGAGGGUCAGUGGCUCUGCGGCGCUCAAGAAGCAGAAGGCGGAGCCAGAAAAGCCAGCGCUGGUCCGUCAGUCGACCUUCAUCAAAGAGGCGCCAAGCCCAACGUUGAAGAGGAAGCUGGAGGAGUCUGCGGCCGCAGCAGUGGCUGCUGCAACAGGAUUAGAGUCACCGUCCAGCCCUGACACGCCGUUACCAUCAACAACCAGGAGACACGACAUCAACCGCUCGCACUCAGAGAGCCCAUCACGCCCGCAGGAUGUGACAUCAUCACGCUUCAGCCGCACCGGCACCUGGAAACGGGAAAACAGUGGCGGCGGAGGAGGAGGGAGCGGUGGUAAGCACUCGACGUCGUUACCACGCGUAGGGACGUGGAAGAGGACAGGAAGCUCAUCAUCAGUGCUGUCGGCGUCAUCAGAGUCCAGCGAGAAGGGAAGGAGCGAGGAGGAGAGCGCCGUGAGGUCGAAGGGGACAUGGAGAAAGGCAAAGAGUGGCGCUGACUCAUCAGUAGGGCGGAGCUUCACGGACAAAUCAGAAGACGUGUGGGUGCGUCUGGAGGACUGUCCCGUCAACAACCCGCGCUCCUCCUCUUCAUGUUCAGCUCGCUCUCCCUCCUCCACCAACGCUCCACCCGUCAUCGACAGCCCCGCCCCCUCAAAGAUCCCCUCCUCCUCCUCGUCCUCCUCCUCCAACCUUAACCUGCGCCGCAGCUGCGAGAGCCUCGACGACAAACCGCAGCCUGAACGCCAGCAGCCGCAGCCGCAGCCGCAGCCGCAGCAGCAGCAGCAGCAGCAGCGCAGUCAGCAGCGCAGCGGUGCUGUGGCAGCAAGAGUCAGCCCCUUCAACUACACGCCGAGCCCCAGGAAGAGCAGUGCUGAUGUCACCGCCACCGCCGCACCAACGACUACCACCACCUCGUCCUCGACGACCCCGACACGACCUUCACUCAUCCCCACGCCUGUCACCAAGAAACGGGAGCCCAAGGGCGGAGAGGGCAGCGGCGGCGGCAGCAGUGGUGGAGAGCGUGGGUCGUACAUUGUGACGUCAGUGUGAAGAGAAACAGGAAGUAGACUUGAAAUAGGUAGAUACAAGAAAGCCAGGACAGGAAGUGUAAAUAUGCAGAAACGGGAAGUGUUUGUGAUCUGAACUGUAGGCGAAGCCCCGCCACCUCACCUCCCUCUCUCCCCUCAUUGGCUCCUCCCACAUGUCAGUCAAACUUUUUAUGUUUUUUUUACCACUAAAAUAACGUGUAGCGCUUAGCCCCACCCCCUCUGCCUGUGUCCCUGCAUGGCCCCGCCCCCUUAAAGAUGACAGUUACUAUGGUGAUGUAACGAUGAUGGUGAUGUUUCAGCUCGCGGUAGCGUCUCAGCUGAUCUCAAGUUUCUGUGUCUCUCCUUAAAGGGACAGUUCGUGUUUUCGUCCACAGUCAGUUUGAAGGAGCAGAAUUAAGACAGACACUGAAACUGAAACAUCAGAGACGUCCAAAACACGUCCAAACAAAACCCAAAACAUCUUAUGUCCUCAACCUGAAAGAUCAGAGACGUCCUACUGUGGACAGAAAAACAUCAGUAUCAGUUUAAAUGUGAAACAUGCGUUGAUCAUGUUUUUCCACCUUUUUGUCAGACUGAACCUGAUGAGGAAACUCUUUUAUUUCCUCUUCAGAGUUUUCAGACUGCAGAGAAAUCACUGAUUCAACAUCUGUGAACUCUGCUGCUGCUCUGCGGCUGCUCUGCUGCUGCCUCCGUCAGUCAGGUAGUUUGUGUCAUUGUGUGACUUUGGCGUUUAAAGGGUUCGUUUAGAGCUGAUUGGAUGGAGCAUGAAUGAACGGUUCUGUUUCACUUUCACUGCUCCAUAUGUUCUGCUGCUCCGUCUGUGCCCAAAGUGCAGUAUAAAUGACUUGUUUGUGGCAGCUUCUAUAAUUAAAUAAUUGCGCGUAAAAAACUCUGUGACAGACUAAUAAAACCGUCUCAGUUCAUCUUGUCGGUGGUUCAGUCAGUCGAGAUCUUCAACGAUCAGCAGCUUCGGUUUGGUUGGUUGCAUCAGUUUAACGGAGCGGAGCAUCGCAGUGAAUCAGACCAUCUGGAUUUUAAACAAAGUGACACCUCGUCGACCUGCCUGAGCCCGAACGUUGUCCAUCGACAUUGGUACUGAUGUUUUGUUUCGGCCUGGUCAGCAGGAUAUCCGUGAGCUUCAGUGUCUGUCCUCCUGCUGCUCCUCCAAACCGACUCCUUCCGUAGUAAACAGGAAAUCAUCCGAGCUGUCCCCGUCAGUUAUUUUGUCUUUGGGGAUGUGACACCUCGGAGGAUGUCCACACAUAUUAAAAAUGUCCUCCUGCAUUGUUCACAGCUGCAUCAGAUGAGAUGAUGAAUCGGCUGCAGAAGUUUGAGAGCAAACGAGUUGAUGCGUAGACGAGCUGAACAGGAGCUCUUUGUAAAGAUGUUUAACUCUGUCAGACGGUUUAAAACCAGAUGUUCACUCAGAGACCAGCGGAUGGACUGGAAACACUUACUGGUUCCAGUUGAGUCCCUGAUGGGAGGAACAGUUACCGAACUUCCUGGUGAAUUUAGAGACUUUUAUUUGAUAAAUGGUCUGUUGGUGGGAACUUCCUGCUCUGUCGCCUUGGAAACAGAUAACACUGUAAAAUGUAAGUUAUUGCUGUAAACCUUCAAACCUUUGAAGCACAUAAUUUAAAACUAAAGUGAUUUUUGCCAAAAAACAGUUUCCACAGUGUUCUUCAUGGCUAUAACUUGACUCACUGUUUUUCUGUUGAUGCUGGAAAGCCACUUUUUGGUCAGAUGUUAAAAAAACUAAUGAUGAAAUAAAGUUCAACAUUUUAGCUGCAAACCUGAA